AUGGCCGACGCUGGUCCUAAUCCCCCGCAUGGGCCCGAUAUGACGGGCACCCACCCGCCGUUCGAGGACAUGAACGUGCACGAGAAGGACGCCUUCGACAAGCUCAUCCGUCCCGAUGACAGCUACACGCCCGAUGGUGUCUACUGGGCUGAUCUGCCCUUGUGGAAACGGAUCCGAUUUGUUACGUCGUACGAUGCAAAGGAGGCCCGUCGCGAGCUGGGGAACAUCUGGUCCAUGAUCAAGGCCGAUCCCCUCUCGCCCGUUUCGUACUACUUCAAGAACAUGGUCCUUCCUGGCGCCGGUCUGGGUCUGGAAGGCUAUGUCCUGUUCUCCAUUGGCAACGUCACCCCUCUGCUGCAGGCCGCUUUCCCCGCCUGCUGGAAGAAAAACACCAUUUGCAGUGCCGACUGGAUCAAUGCCAUAAAUUAUCUGGAAAUUGCGGGUAUCAUUGUCGGCCAGAUCAUCGUCGGUUUCCUGGGUGACUGGCGAAGUCUCGCUGCUAACCAUGGGGAAACUAGGAUCGGCCGUCGCUGGGGUCUGAUUCAGGAUGCCGUCAUCAUGUUUAUCGGUCUGGUCAUGCUUACGGCGGCUUGGGGUGUGACCCAGAACGGCUGGGUGAUCUGCUAUGCCUGGUCGCUGUUCUUCUACGGUAUCGGUGUCGGUGGUGAAUAUCCCAUGACUGCCACCGGCGGUAUGGAGAACGCCGUCGGCUCCGGGUUGGGGUCAGUUCAUCAACCAGGCCCUGCUGAUUAUCCUGCUGCUCUGCUUCCACCACGGUUCCGGGAACCCCCUUACUCGACGGUUGCUGCUCAAUGGACCUACCGUGUCUCCUUCGCCAUUCCUGCCGUCGGAACCCUGUGGCUGGUCUACUACCGUGCCUACCACAUGAAGGCCGCUAGCAGACAGCUCAAUGCUGCCAAGAGGAAGAACCGUGUUACCGGUUAUGACUACGAAUCCCUGAAACUGACCUUCAAGUACUUUGGUUUCCGUGUCCUGGCCACCGCGGGUGCCUGGUUUGCCAACGACGUCUUCUUCUACGGGAACAAGCUGUUCCAGAGCCAGUUCAUUUCCGUCCUUCUGCCCCACUCGACGUCCAUCAUGCCCAACUGGUUGUACAACUUGCUGAACGUCGGUGUUUCGCUCGUUGGUUAUUAUCUGGCCUCUUUCUUGAUCGACAACAAGCUGUAUGGCCGCAAGUGGAUGCAGCAGAUCGGUUUCCUGAUGGACUUCAUCCUGUUUAUUAUCCCGGCCUUCCACUACAAGCACUACACGUCGCUUGAGCACAUCCAGUCCUUCCAGGCCAUGUACUUCCUCAGCUCUUUCUUCAACCAGUUCGGCCCGAACUCGGUCACCUUCCUUGUCGCUGCCGAGGUCUUCCCGGCUCCGAUCCGUGCCACGGCCCAUGGUAUCUCUGCCGCCGCCGGUAAACUUGGUGCGCUGAUGGCCGCCAUCCUGUACGCCUACAUCCCCGUCCAGGAACGUUUCUACAUCGUUCCGUGGUUCGGUCUGGGUGGAAUGCUUCUGACCUUCCUCUUCCUCCCCGACACCACUGGCCUGGAUCUCAAGGAGCAGGAGCGCCGUUGGUACUACAUCCGCCAGGGUCGGGAGCAGGACUACCACGGCCCGGCUGUGCACCCCAAGCACCUUUCCCUGUGGGAGCGUUUCCGCGGUCUCGGCAAGAACUACGACCCCGAGCUUGACUACAAGCAGAAGAUCGAGGAGUAUCGCGCCGAGUGGGAGGCUGCCAUGAGCAAGAAGCUCUCCAACGAGGAAGACAACCUCGCGGACGACACUGAGGAGACCCUCUUCGAGGGCCACGUGCACCAGUACUUUGAGCGUACCAGCCCCAUGUUCCGUGGCAUGGAGAAGAACGGUGCCCAGAACUUCUCCGCUCUCCCUCCGGCUGCUACUGCUGACAGUGACACCACUGAGGCUGUUCCCAACGAGAAAUAA